AAACUAACUGUAGCAAUCCACAACUCCUUGUGCACAAAUGGUUUUGGCCGCUCUCUCUCUACUCUUUGCUCUGCGUCUAGGCCGUAGGCGUAUCUAGCGGCAUAUUUUAUAUCUGAUAUCGCGCGGUGAUAUUGUAACGAAAAACAAAAGUAAACUAGACAAAACGUCUUUCCAAUUUGCGUCUUUUGAAAGCACUAUGGUAAGAGGUCGCGGAGGAAUGAUUAGAGGUGGUCGUGGUGGUAUGGGACGUGGUAUGGGUUUUCCAAGGAAACAAUUUCUACCACGUCACCCAUUUGACUACACAUUGUGUGAAGCAGCUUUUCCACGCGUUAAACCAGUUCCAGAUGAAUCAGAUUUUCAGACAGCACUUCUUAAAAAAAAUGCUGACAUGUGUCCUACACCAAAGGAACAAACUUCUAUCUUAAAUUUGGUGAAUAAAUUGCAAAGUGUACUUGAUAAUUUGAUUGUUGCUCCUGGGAAUUUUGAAGCUUGUCAAUUGGAGGAAGUGAGACAAGUUGGCAGUUUUAAAAAAGGUACAAUGGUGAAAGGUCACAAUGUUGCCGAUAUUGUUGUUAUUCUUAAAACUCUGCCUACAAAAACAGCAGUGGAAGCUCUUGGGAACAAAGUCAACAAUGACUUGAAAGCUGUAAAUCCAAAAGAAAUAUUCAGACUUAUUCAGACUGAACGGGGAUUUGAUAUUGCCAACAACGAGGCUACUGUACGUGUACUGAUUACAACGUUGCAUCAGAAUUUACGCAAGUUGGAAUCUGAUCAACAUUUAGAUGUUAAAAUUUGUCAAGGUCAUCUUGCUGCUAUCAGACAUUCGCGCUGGUUUGAAGAAAAUGCUCAUCACUCUAGUAUCAAAGUCCUUAUACGAUUGCUUCGUGACCUUAGAAGUAGGUUCGAAGGCUUGGAACCGUUGUCUCCAUGGAUGCUGGAUCUGCUGGCGCACAACGCUAUAAUGAACAAUCCCAGCAGACAAGCGUUACCGAUACAUCAGGCGUAUAAGAGGGUGCUGCAGUUGCUAGCUUCUGGACUGUUUCUCCCGGGUUCAGCAGGCAUUUCUGAUCCGUGCGAGGGUGGUAAUAUCCGCGUACACACUGCAAUGACACUUGAGCAGCAAGAUCUCGUGUGUCUCACCGCUCAAACAUUACUGCGUGUAUUAGCUCACGGUGGCUACAGACCUUUGCUGGAAGGUUCAAAUAAACUCGCGGUAGAGAUGAGCGUGUGGGCAGGUGGCGUAGUAGCGAGUCCAUUGGAUAAGGCAUACGAGCCUCCCACGGAGCAGGAGCAGCAGGAGGAUAUGGAUGAAAGCAACGAGGAAAUGAUUACCGAAAGUGUUUAGGUUCUUUGACACCAGAAGUAAUGCAUUUUGUCUUUGGUCACGUGGAUGUUUUUUACGUGACUGAAUAAUGUUUACUUUCUCAUCGAUUUUUUCUUAUAAUAAUGUAUUUCAUAUUUGUACACAUUUUGAUGAUGAGUGGAAUUUUGUGGCAAUCUAAAUUCUUAUUGUUUAAUGAUACGAUGACUAUCUACCAUGGAGUAUUUAAGUCUAUAAAUUUAAUUUUAUAUCGACAAUUCGAUCAUUGAAGUCGUGUGAUUGCAAGAUUAUAACAACAGUAUGUGCGUAAUUUGACAUAAAAUAUGUAUCUACAAGACACA